CAGCACUCAUUAUCGUUCCAAAUGAAACGCAAAAAGGUUCAAGUUUUAUUUUCUCCCACGUUUUCAGCAUUUGUAAUAACGUAAAGAUGGCUCUAUAGUUUGCGCGCAAGCAAAAACAACCAGCACUUAGGUGCCCAACCACAACAAAAUGGAAACGUAUAAAAAUCAACCUGCCACCAUGGCAUCUUCACAACAGCAAAAAACACCGCAAAAACAACCAUUCUCAUUCUUCGAACCGGAUUUCUUACUAUCAAAACAAAACAUAUCUUUGACCCCUGACUUGAAUUUUGAACAUGGACGCAUCAUUUCACCAAACCAUGGAGGGUUUGCAGUUGCCCAAGGAGCUGUACUGGGACCUCAAGAUGGAGCCGCAGUCCCCAACAUCGGUUUUGGGCUCCGAUCUGUUUCCGCUUACUGACCCAAACGAUACGGAGUGGUUGUAUGACGAUAACUUUGCAAAUGGCAUUACUCUUAUUGGCGAUGACGAAGCUUUGACCCUGAACGAGGCAGCCUCCCUCGAGUUGCUUAGCGAAGAGGAGAUGGUUGUGCAGAUCUUUGACCUGAAAGAUGAAGAAUGUUUGUUAGACCAAAAGGCAACGUUAAACGGCGUCGAUUAUGAGAGUAGCAGCUAUCAGACCAACAUCGAUGUUAUAACUCAGGCCAUAGUACCCGCAAACAAAGUACAAUUCGCUGCGUCUUCUGACGCGGUUUCGUUUCUUACUGCCGCGGAUUACCAGCUCAAUGAUGGUUCAUCCACUAUUCUACAGCAAUUAACGCCGCCGCAGUCUCCGCCCCAAUUCGAUGCUUACAAACAGCUAGGCGAUGCACCGCCAAAACCCGUGUUCGUUAAGACCGAGCAAAAGGUGCAAUGCUAUACUCCUGAUGCUUCAAACGCAGCAUCUACCACGCCCUUUAACUUUAACAACUGGAUAGGCGGCAGCGAAAUUGCCCGCGAAAACCAACUCGUUGAUGAUAUCGUCAAUAUGCGUGCCAAGGAGCUCGAGGUAUCCACCAACUGGCAGCAGUUCAACGAGGACUGCGAGUCUCAGGCGUCUUCAUCGGUAGACAGCAGAAGCACAGGAAGCGGAGUGUGCAGCAGCAUUGCCGACGCCGACGAGGACUGGGUUCCAGAGCCUGUCAGCCGUUGCUCCUCGCCAGCUCAAACAACCAUCGAGCAGUCUGCGUCCAAGCCAAAAAAUCGUACUCGCACCUACGGGCGAGGUGUAGAGGAUCGAAGGAUCCGGAAAAAGGAGCAAAACAAGAACGCUGCCACACGAUACCGCCAGAAAAAGAAACUUGAAAUGGAGAACGUGCUGGGCGAGGAGCAUGUUCUUUCUAAAGAAAACGAGCAGCUUCGUCGCACUCUGCAGGAGCGUCGCAACGAAAUGCGCUAUCUGCGCCAGCUGAUCCGAGAAUUCUACCAAGAACGCAAGCGCUAGGCUCUAUGUUUUUUAAAAUCAAUUUUAACGUCGUUUGCAAGGUUAUUGUUAUCGUUAAACCCAAGACUCUAUCAUGCACCCUCACUGUUGCAAUGUAAUACUAUCUAUAAUCCCCUGUUUACCCAAAGCUCUUCAAACCACCAAAGUACGCAGCCCGUCUUUUGUCCUUAACUUUUGGCACUUAUGACGAGUCUCUGAAUUCCGAAAAAUGUAUUGCCAUGGUGAUUAAAGGCGAGCCCAUUCCCAAACAGCACAGUCCACUGUCACCUUAAACGUGUCAGCAAAAUUUAAAUUGUAAAAUCAUUUUAAUAAAAACCUAUUGAUUUGUUUUUGCGAAUCGGACAGUGUUGUGGCUGCUGUGCUAUUUUAAAUACACUAUAUUUUUUUAUACUGGUAGCAUCUUGACAGAUGUAGUGAAUUUAUUUUAAUUUUUCAAUAAUUUCUAUUAAUUCAUAUUAUUCAACAUUAAUCAGCAAUAAAUCAAAAGGGUUUUAAAAGAAA